AGAGACUUCAUCUUGUGUCAAAGCAGAUGUUCCAGAGGAAAAACUAUGUCUCAGAAGAAGUAUAAAGAUGAUAAAGCCCAUGUUUCCAGCUCCUUUGAGUCGGAGGACAUCAGUUUAGAAACAACGGUGCCUACAGAUGAUGUUUCUUCAUCAGAAGAGAGAGAAGCUUCCACUAAAGUCACCAAACAGUUAAUCGAGAAGAAGGAGCUUCUUCACAACUUGCAGCUCCUAAAAAUUGAGUUAUCACAGAAAAACCUGAUAAUUGACAACCUGAAGGUCGAAUACCUCACAAAAAUAGAAGAUUUGGAGGAAAGGCUAAAUGAUUCUCUUCACCAGAAGCAGUUGCUCCAGGUCCGUUUGGAGAACCAGCUGAAAGUUCAGCAGGAUGAAUCAAGGAGACGUCAAGAUCUACGGAAGCAAGAAAUGGAAGCUAUUUUAGAGAGACAGAAACAACUUGAAGAGACAAAUCAGCAGCUGCAAGAACGAGCAGGUGACAUCCGUCGCAGCUUGCGUGAUCUGGAAUUGACUGAAGAGCAGUACUCCGAGUUGAAAAUUGGACCUGAAGACCAGCUUUCCAUUCCAGAAUAUGUAGCUUUACGGUUUUAUGAAGUCAUGCAACCUUUGAAAGAAGAGAUUGAGCAACUCCGACAAAAGAAAACCAGUCUUUGGGAGGAGAACAGUAGCCAUAAAAAUCAACUGAAUAGUAUGAUUGAGAGCUAUGAAUCUGAAAGACGAACUCGCUCUGAUCUUGAAGUCCGUUGUCAGCGCCUUGCAUUGGAGCUAGCAGACACUAAGCAACUUAUUCAACAGGCUGACUAUAAAAGAGAGAAUUAUGACCGGGUGAAGCAUGAGAGAGAUUCUCUGGAUCGGGAAGCAUCAGAACUCAGGAAAAAACUAGAAUUACUUGAAGUCUCGCAUAAAACACAAACCAGGGAGAGAAAUGACUUGACCAAAGAGGUGGCAGCAUUGCAGCAAUCUGUUAGUUUAUUGCAAAAGGAUAAAGAAUAUUUGAAUCGCCAAAAUAUGGAACUGAAUGUUCGCUGCGCCCAUGAAGAAGACCGUUUAGAACGCCUUCAAACUCACCUUGAGGAGGCAAAGCGAGCUAGGGAGGAAAUGUAUGAAAAAUAUGUGAUUUCAAGGGACCAUUAUAAAAACGAAUAUGAAGAAAAGCUUCGCCAUGAACUGGAGCAGAUCCGAGUAAAAACAGACCUGGAAAUUGAACAUCUUCGAAGUGGCUCCAAAGAAAUGUAUGAGAGGGAAAACAGGAAUUUAAGGGAAGCAAGAGACAAUGCAGUUGCAGAAAAGGACCGAGCUGUUGAAGCAGAAAAGGAUGCGCAAGCAAAAUGUGACCAACUUCUGGAACAAAAAGGUUCAAUGAAUUUCAAGAAAAGCUUCCAAAGUUCAAACCGUGCCAGUGAGGGAGUUACCAGCCCAUCAACAAAAAUUUCCAGUGAAAGGUUUAGGCAAAUGCAAGUCAACACAGACAGCCGCAUAUCUGAACUCAUGAAUCAGACAAAGCUAAAAACGUUUGAGGCAGAGCGAGCUCAGUUGAUGCAAGAGGAAACUGCCAAGAAUCUCAAACAGUGCCAAGUGGAAUGUGAUAAGUACCAAAAGAAACUUGAGGUUUUAACAAAAGAAUUUUACAAACUGCAGUCAUCAGCAGAUAAACAUACCACAGAACUUCAGGCACAAAACUCUGAGCUUCAAGCACGAUUAGUGACCUAUGAGAAACUAGAACAAGAGCUGGAUGGUGUUAUAAUGCAGUCAGCAGAAAUGGAAAAUGAGGAUGAUGCAGAACGGGUUCUUUUCUCUUAUGGCUAUGGUGCUAAUGUUCCCACAACAGCAAAACGACGCCUUAAGCAGAGUGUUCAUCUUGCAAGAAGGUUGUUACAAUUGGAAAAGCAAAAUUCACUCCUUCGAAGAGAUUUAGAUUGUCAGAAGGUCCAUGCUAAUGAAUUAAGUCAAGAGCUUGCAAAUGCCAAUGCCUUACUUAAUCAAGCACAGCAACCUUACAGCUAUCUUAUUGAGACAGUACGCCAGAGAGACGCUCAGAUUCAGACAUACAAAGAAAAGCUUUCACAACUGGAGAAUGAAAUCUGUCAAUCAAAUAAAGAAAAAGCUGCUUUACUUCGCAUGAAAAACCGAAUGGCAGCAGAUCUAGAGAAACUCUUGAAUCAGAGAGAGGAAUUGGCAGUAAUGAAGCAAGUUCUGAUAAAUUUGCAUAACAAGCAGCAUGGUGAUGGCUUACCAGUUUCUUGUGAUGAAGUCAAAAGUAAUCCUAUUGCCCAAGCAACAAAAUUGUCUCUGAGCUUGCCCCCACAUGAGGAUGAAAAUGUCUACAAACCAAAACCAACUAUUUUUACAAACAGAGAGUGUCCUGCUUGGUACAAAAAAUUGAAGCAGAAGAAUGCUUGAUAUUUUUGAAGCAUGUUUAAAGGACCUUCCUAGAUUUUGUAAUUCCUCAUGCUGUUCAUUUUCAUUGACCUGAUCUCACAACUGAAGUUGCAGUUUUUCCAAUUCAGCACCUGCGAUUCUACUUAUAAACCCAUUGUUGGUGAACCACUUGGAAUGCAUUUCCACUGCACCUGUUAGUGUAAACCUUAAUGCUGUGUUGAUAUUAUAAAUGCAAUCUAAAUCUGCAGUCCGGUCCUGACCUGGAACCAGUGCAAAACAGAGUGAGCCUCCUGGAGUCUGGGAUCUUUCUGCACUUCAUAGUUAGUCCAAGGCUUAAAACCCAGUUUGCACUGCACAAGAUUAGUACCAGUGUAAUGUUUAACUCCUUUGCACUAAUACUAAACUUACAGUGUAAAUACACCUUAUCAUACAACUGAAAGAAAAGAUAGGUUUGCAUAGAUGUCAGUGUUAUCGAUAUACAGUAAUUUGUUUUAUUGCUUUAAUGGGUAACCGUGUUAUAUUUGUGAUAUUGUACUGUACAUGUUGAAAAAGAAAAUGUUAAUAAAGAUUUUAUUUUCUUUUA